UGUAAACGUAUUUGAAGUCGUAUCGACAGUCUGUGAAAAAAGAGUCAUUCAAUUUUGAUAGAGUAUAGAAACGUCGAUAUAGUAUUCCAAUAGUACCAGACAGCAUGAGACGUAAAAGAACGUGUUCAGCAAAUCCUUCAAGCAUCACGAAUGUUCACGCCGUUGUGCUUGGAUUGGAUGGCGUCGGGAAAUCAGCUCUCACUGUCCGAUUCCUGACCAGACGUUUUAUCGGGGAGUAUGAUGGAAGUUUAGAGAUGACUUAUAGACAUCACAUGACACUGGACGGGCAAUACUUAGCGCUUGAAAUCAUGGACACAGCCGGGGAGAACACAGCACAGAAGUUGGAGAAAUGUGCAUCUUUUGGAGACGUUUUCUUUAUUCUCUUCUCUAUCACUGAUCGGUUUUCAUUUCUGGAGGCGAAACGUUUGGGGAAAUACAUACGGAAAGUGAAAGACAAUGAUUAUACCAUGAUUCUAGUUGGAACAAAGACAGACCUAAGUCGUUACAGAAGAGUCUCGAGAAACGAAGGGUUUGAACUUGCUAAGGAAAUAGGAUCAGUAUUCUGCGAAAUUUCAAUCUCAGAGGGAUUCGUCGAGACAAACUCCCUGCUGAAUGAUUCACUAAGACUGCAGCUGAGCAAUAAAACCGACCAGGAAAAUGGCGACAAAGAGAAAUCGGGUCCUUUGUCCCGGAUGAAGGAAGGUUUCAAAGGAAUCUACACAAGGAGAAAGUCAUGCUCACUUUAAACUUUCCAUGGCUGGCUUUGAUGUAGUCUAAUUCUAUGGCUAAUUAUAGACCCCAUCUUGGUCACUAUUGGUCUGAGACGAUAAUACGUUGUUAAGCGUGAAUCUGCUCAAUUUUAAAUCGCUACUUACCAGAAUUUUCUUACCCCCAAAAUCCGAAAAAAUGUGCAACUCCAUAUAUUCUAGUACUGAACUCCCCCCCCCCUUCCCCCAGUAUUGUACUCGAGAUCAUAACAGAUUGAGUACCUCUUAUGGAACUAAGGCAUCAAAUCAUAAAACUUUGGACCUGUCAUUUCUAAGAAUAGACCCGUCGACAGAACAUUCCAACUGGUCAUUUCUUAAAAAAAAAAAAAAAA